AGUGGGGAAAAGGAGGCAGUAGACAUCUCGGAGGACGAGGAUGAAAGGGAUGAGAGAGGAGAGAAGAGGAUAAGAGGGCCGAGUUGAGAGCGAAAAAGAGGGAUGUUAAGGCAGACUCGGACAAAGUUCCGGAAGGGAAGUAAAGGAAGUACGAUGUCUGGGUGGAAGAAGGUUAUGACGUAGAGGAGAUGAUGGAUAGAAUCCUUGAGGGUCAUAAUCACCUUAUGAACCUGAAGGACGUGUUGGCAUCAGCCCCAAGGCUUCGGGACGAGCUCAAAGCUCGAUUGUCCAGAAAGAUGGUGGCUAGCGUGCAAUUGGGGGCGAUAAUCCCCAAGGAAGCAGAGUGGGCAGAGACCGGCACAAAGAUGGACUGGAAGUCUAUUGCAUGUGGAAGUCUGGAGGUAGUAGUAAAAGGGAAAGCAUGCUCGGCGAUGGUGGACAGCGGCGCGGAGAUGAACCUCAUAAAAGAGGAGCAUGCUUUGCGCUUCGGAAUGAAAAUAGAUUGCUCCGAUAACGGAGUCCUGAUGGGAGCGAAUAGUCGAUCGGUAUUUGUGGGGACUGCAUCGGGGGUGAUUUUGGAGAUUGGGAACGUGAAGGUGAGAAGUCGUUUUUUUGUAAUGCCUGAUCUCGAUCACCCCAUCCUGCUGGGUCGAUCCUUCUUAAGUCGAACAGAGACCGACAUACUUGAUAAGCAUGGCGGAACCAUGAUCCUCGUUUUGUGUGACCCGGUGUGUGGCAAUUAUGAGAUUGUCACGUGUAAGAACACGGGGCCUAGAAGCAUAAGGAACCGGCCCAACCCUGACUCUUUCACGAUUGAAGAGUCAGAAGAAGAAAGGAAGAGGUUAGAGGGCGGCGAAGUUGAAGAGGAGAGGAAACCUGAAGCACUGACUCUUACCCUGGCCAGUAUAGGCGAUGCUAUAGACAUAGUGUCGACCUAUGGGAUGACAGAUCCAGAGGCUGUAGAGGCCCUGAGAGAGAAGGUGGUGGAACAGAUGGGAGAAGGAGAGGUGGAGCUUGAGACCUUUGACAGCCAUGCCAAGAGGGAGGGGCGGGGCAGGGCCGAUGGAAGUUUCGUUGAGGACUACCAGACGAGGGGGGCAGCAGAGGGCCACCAGAGGGGAGCAGACCUCCUAUUUUUUAUUGGAGGGAGUAUAGAGAUGUUUUUGGCCAGGUUUGAGGCUCAUGCCUGUGAGCAUGGUUGGGAUACGACCAGGAUGUUGGCUGAGGUACGAGGCAGUGGCAGACCCACAGAGAGACACCAGGAGAUGGGGGUGAAGUUAGUCUAUGGAGACUUACUUAGCCUGAAAGGCCUUAUGAAGGAAGGUUUUGCAGCAGCAAAGGUCUCUGAUGAGAAGAUGGGGAGGCGAGUAACCAAGGUGGCACAAGCUUCUUAUGGUCAAAGGGUGGAUUGGGAAAGAGAGAUUGAAGAUCCGAAGAAGGAGAUAAAAGGACAAGGCAAGGAGGUGGACAUUGUGAAGACUGAGAUGGUGGACAUCAGAGCUGAGAAUGGAGCCCUCAAGUUGGUCAAUCAGACCCUUAAUGAGGUCAACGACGUUCUGAGGGGGCAGCUCCAGGCACAACAAACUUCCUUCCAAGCUAAGGAGAUUGAAUGGGAGAAGAGGUUGAAGGAUAUUGAGAGAGACGUGGCAGUGGACAGACCAUACAGGAGGAUGGCAGAGGAGUUUGCCCUGGGACUUCAGAGACUUUUCAGCAGGAGGCCACCAGCCAAGCCACAAGUACCCUCAGAGGAGACCAAGACAAAAGCAGUGCAGAAGAAGCCUGGGAAGUGUUUCUACUGCAAGAAGGGCAAGCACUUCUCUUAUGAUUGCCCCAAGUUUUGUGAGGAUGAGGCAAAGGGUUUGGUUACCAAAGUAUCCACUGGGAUUUGGAGGGAUAGGAGUGGUAACCUGGUUGAAAGAUCGCGAGAUGGUGGUAGGGCACAAUUGUACAGACAGAUAGUUGCUGAUGUGCCAGCUGACGUGGCAGCUGCUGAUGUGCCAGCUGACGUGGCAGCUGCUGACAUGCAGCUGCUGAUGUGCCCGCUGACAAGAAGAAGAAAAAGAUAUGGUGGAGGAGGAGGAGGAGGAGGNGGAGGAGGAGGAGGAGGAGGGGAGGAGGAGGAGGAGGAGGUGGAGGAGGACAAUGAGGAGGAGGAGGAGGAGGAGGAGGAGAGGGCGACGACGACGACGAUGACGAAGAAGAAGAAGCAGAAGAAGAAGAAGAAGAAGAAGAAGGAGGAGGAGAAGAAGAAGAAGAAGAAGAAGAAGAAGAAGAAGCAGCAGCAGGAGAAGAAGACAUGUGGUCAGGAGGCAUACCAGUGCCAGGUCACAGUGCCACGUCAGCAGUGCCACAUCACAGUGCCAGAUCAGCAGCGCCACGUCAGCAGUACCAGGUCACAGUGCCACGUAAGCAGUGCCACAUCAGCAGUGCCACGUCAGACAGUGCCACGUAAGCAGUGCCACAUCAGCAGUGCCACGUCAGACACAGUGCCACAUCAGCAGUGCCACGUUGGACACAGUGCCAUGUCAGACAAAGUGCCACGUCAGCAGUGCCACGUCAGCAACAUGACGGGCCUGCCAGGGCAACUGCCCAACGAGUCCAUUGCCGCCUACAAGCAGCGUUGCCUGGCUCAGAUUGAGGCUGAGGAACAACGCCAGCUGGCAGCCGAGGCUGCCCGUGUACAGGCUGAAGAGGCAGCAGCAGCAGAGAAGCUGCGACUACAGGCCGAUGCAGACGCAGACUCCCAGGCUCGCCGCAAGGAAGCCCAGGAUCUGCUACAACGGCAUGAMGCCACAAGCACCGACAGACUCAAGUUCUGGCACUUUGAACCAAACGGCGACGAGGCAACACCGGAAGAGAAGCACAAGGAGUUCCUCUCCAAACUCGUGAGGCGGUUGUUGUAUGCUUGCAACUACCAACGGCCAGAGUUGGAGAGACAGUACCAGGACCUGACGCAACAGCAUCAGGAGUUGGCACAGCUCCGCCGCAUGGUGCAGAGCCACGAGGAUGCAACCCGGGCACUCAAUGCCCGAUUGCUGGACCUGGAACAGGCUGUACCAGGACCAACUGCUGGGGCUUCCAGCAGUGCACCCUCGAGCCGCCAACCGGAGGACCGCGUUGACCACGUAAUGGCAAUGCUCGGCGACAUCAGCACCUUCGCUGCGCCGACCACCACCAUCAGCAGUCAGCUGCAUACAUUGAAGACCGAGGUCCAGCAGCUGCAGACGACGAACGGGGAUGGCAAUCCGAAGAUGUAUAAGAUGCCAACCUUCAAUCUGGAGAGGUUCGACGACUACACGCAGCARGAUCCGGUCCUCUGGUGGGAAGCAUUCACAACGCAACUCAGGAUUCUGCCCRUAGCCAAGCAUGCGUACAUCGGCGCCCUGUUCYUGAACUCAAAGGGCGGAUGCCAGACSUGGUUGAGCCACCUGGCAACCUCCCAYGGCGUYGACGURCCAGACUUGAAGGACGUAAUCACAUGGGAGGAACUGACACGGCUGUGGAAGAAGCRGUUCAUCGUCGACGACGCGCYSRCACUCGCCAUCAACCGUUUGUUCACCAUGUCACAGGGCAACACAGCAACACGGGACUGRCUCACGGAGUGGSAGAAGAUUGCGGYUGUGCCCAAUCUGAACUUACCAUUUGAGCAUCUACGCCGUGAGUUCUACAACAGGUCCUGUGCUGCAUUGAGCCAGGCUCUUGGUGAUCGCGAGCAAUACUCAACCUUUGUUGAGAUUAUUGACAAAGCAAGGGAGAUCAUCAAGACCAACAGGUCAGCUGCACACGAGAAAUCAACAUCAUGGCAGCCGACCUAUGUGGAGAAGGUACGAACUGGUCCGCGACAGCAACACUUCGCUGCAGUCCAGCAGGAGAGUGGAGAUAACCCAGCAGCCACUCCAGCAUCAAGUGACGGAGAUCAAGUGGCCGCUGUCCAGCCGCGAAGCACCAACAAGUCCCGCAACAAUGGGAAGGCGAAAUCCGCAUCGCAGGCCGGAAAUAGACAGCCAGGACAGUUUCCAUGGGUCAAGUUUGGCUUGACCGAGGCGGAGUACAAGCUCGGGAAACUGAGCUCCGCGGAAGGUGAGGCGACUCCACCUUCUACUCUGCCAGAUUCGGCCGCCUUGCUAGCGGCCUCCUGCACAUCUAGGGAGGAUGCGAAUGUCGCAAGUCCUCGGUAUACUUACGAGGACUAUGCUGUCCACUUGGUUCCACUGCUGGACCAACCGCUCCACGUGCAACAGUCCACCGCAUGCACGGUUUCAUCACCAUCGGCAACCAAUUCGGCAGCUUCGCCGCAAUCUAUCGCCGGGGAUUCGACGUCAUGGUCGAGACUUGAAGAGCUCGACCCAUUGACGUUCACAAACUUCCAGUGGAUGUCCGUUCCCUCGACCGGACGAUUGCCGAAACCGCAUUGCAACGUGCUUAUGGCACAAUUGCGGGACUACUUGCACACUGCAGUACCAGCUCCGUUGAUGGACGCCGGAACAGAGGUUGUCGACCUUCUCGCGUACAUCGCGAAGAUUGACCGCGAGUUCAAGACAACGACGAUCAGGAACGUUGGCCCUCUCCCAUGCAUCGACGACCUUCUCGAACGAUUGGGCGGCGCCCAGUUCUUCUCUAAGCUGGAUCUCAAGUCAAGGUACCACCAACUCGAGAUUCGCAAGGAGGAUCGCUACAAGACCGUGUUCAAGACUCGGUAUGGGCAUUUCGAAUGGCUGGUCAUGCCAUUUGGCCUUACGAAUGCCCCAGCCACUUUCCAAGCGGCUAUGACGACGAAGUUCCGGCACAUGCUGGAUCGUUUCGUACUUAUCUACCUCGACGACAUUCUGGUUUGCAGCCGGAGUCUGGACGAGCAUGUGGAACACUUGCGCACCGUUUUGGAGCGGCUACGACAAGCCAAGUACAAAGCAAGCCGCGACAAGUGCGAGUUCGAACAUCAGGAGCUGGAGUACUUGGGACACUAUGUGACACCGCAAGGCAUCCAUCCGCUUGCGAAAAAGAUCGAGGCCCUACGAGUAUGGCCCGAGCCCACCAACACCACGGACGUUCGUUCAUUCAUGGGGUUGGCGAGCUACUAUCAGCGAUUCAUCACCGGAUACUCCAGGAUUGCUGCACCUAUGACGAGGUUACAGUUAUCAAAGGUGCCAUUCGUAUUCGAUGACGACGCACGCCGGUCAUUCCAAGCACUUAAGACGGCUAUGCUCAUGGCAGCCGUCCUUAGCAUUUAUGACCCCACCCUGCCGACGCGAGUGACUACGGACGCUUCCGGCUAUGGCAUUGGGGCAGUCUUGGAACAGCACGACGGCGACGACUGGCACCCUGUGGAGUAUUUCAGCCACAAAGURCCUCCCAUCAACUCGCUUGAUGAUGCAAGGAAGAAGGAGCUGCUYGCAUUUGUGAUGGCUCUCAAACGUUGGCGGCACUUCCUCCUUGGGCGUCGUAGGUUCGCAUGGAUCACAGACAAAAAUCCAUUGACCUACUACAAGACGCAGGACACGGUGAGCAGCACGAUCGGACGAUGGAUGUACUUCAUCGACCAAUUUGACUUCACACCGAAGCAUGUCCCCGGCCUCUCCAAUCGCGCAGCAGAUGCACUCUCGCGAAGACCUGAUCUUUGCGCUAUGACACAUCAUGCCUUCGCAUUCGACGAGGAGCUUCAACGACACUUCAUCCGGGCAUAUCAGUCUGAUCCGGACUUCGGCACGCUCUAUGCACAGCUAUCUUCGGAUCACUCGCCGACCAGCCAUUACCGCAUUGCCGACGGGUACCACGAAGAUGGAGCUGGAGCGAUGGCGCCACAGGUGAGCGGAGUGGCUUUUGACCCGUAUUGGGUAAGUCCAUCGGCUAGCGAUGGUGAAGAAUCCAUGACAUACCGGAUCGGUUCUGUUGGUCAGGACACACAACUAUUCUUGUGGGACUUUGCGCUGGAUGAGGUGGUGGUCCCGCUGAGGAGCUUAGUGCCCCUUGCAUCUUCGCCAAAUGCUGCAGCUGGGAGGGGAAGCUCGGAUGCAAGUGCUCACACCUAUGGUGUUUUGCAGCCUCCAGCUGUGAGGAAGAAUGUUCCCAGGAUAAACCUCGUCAUGGCUCACAAGGUGCAUGCAGAGCCACUAGCGGACCUACUGUUUACGAAGGAGGCAAUUAUUACUGCCUGUCAAGAAGGGCAUGUAAAAGUCUGGCAAAGACCUGGAAUAGCUCCAGCUGAAGGAGUUCCAGGAGCUGGAAAUGCCAGUCAUGCGAAUGGGGACAUUGCAGGGGGGACAAAAAUCAGAGAGGUAAGAGAGAGUGAGAGAGAGCGGCGACAUUUGUACGGUGGCAACUAACAGGUGUGAAUGCGGUUCAGUGAACUUAUGGCCUGUUUACAAGCUUGGUCUAUGUCCUUUUGACAGAUGGGCAAUCCAGGUCCACGGUAGUUGAUGUGAGAGAUUCCUGUCUGUGUGAGAGGACCGACACGGGGGAGAUGGCAGCAGCAUUGUGAGAGGUCUAGGUGAGGAGCUAUCUUUAGUUUUCUCUGUGAUGUCUGGAAGCUUGUAUGUUCUAACAGUAAGCACGCUAUUGAGGUGUAGGAGGCGUGAAGGGUAUGUGUGUAGGGUGCAGGGGAGCAGUUAGGCAGAGAAGAGAGAGAGAGAGAGAGAGAGAUGAUUCGAACACUGACCAGCUCACACUGAGGAUGGCGAGGAAAGGGCUAAGCAGGCGGAUCCUCAAAACAGGAAUGAAAGUUGUGGGCCAUCACCGGAACUGGAUCACCCUGUUGCAGGUGAUCAGUUUGUCACAAUUGUGCAGGCAAGGAGAGGAGAUGUGUCUGAUGAGAGGCUUAUAGUCAGUUGGGGUUAUGGUAUUAUCCUCUGGAGUUGCUUUUUCUUUGUUGGUUGGGCCAUAGACUCGAGGAGGGGUUUGCCAUAAUGAUUUGUGGAGGAGGAGGAGCAGCAGCGUAGUAGUAGGUCAGCUGAAACAGGUUCAUUACCUGUGCAUGGUUACUGUAGAACAGGUAUGAGGAGGGGAGUAGGUCUGUGUAUAUUGAGGUGCUACGGAGCCCCCCAGAAUUUGCCAUGCGAGGAAUAAUCGAAGUGUCAGGCUGAACUCAAAGGAUAUUGCACUCAUGCGUCACAUCCCCCUUCAUCUUUUCCGUUGCUGUCCUUCAAUUUUUGGUUCUUCUUUGGUCGUCUCCUUUUGCAGUGAAGGCAGUCAACUGUUGUACAGGAAAGUCCUAUGAUUUUUAUGCAUGUUCAGUUAGCAGUGGCAGCACAAAAGAUUGGAUGUAGGGGGAAUUGAAUGUUAAGAGGAGGAGGAGGAGGAGGAGUAGGAGAAGGAGAGGAAGGGUUGUAUGGCAUCAGGGGGACAAAGUUUUUCAAGGGUCGAUUUGGGGGGCGUGGGCAGUGACUUGUAGCGGGGAGGGGAGAGUUGGUGGGGUGGGGGAUUGUCGGGGGAGGCAAGGUUUGAAGGCAGGCUGUAGCUUUGGUAGUGUAGGGGAGGGGAGAAAUGUGAAGGAAGGGCGAAGGCACAGAUGGCCUCAUGCGAUGAUGGGUCGAGGGGGAAUUGAGUGUUGAGAGGAGAAGAAGGAAAAGAGGUUAGAUGUUGAGAAUGCGCACAAUGGGUGGUAUCGCAUAACAGAAUGAAGAUGGUCAAAGGUAUUGUGAAUGAAUAGGAGGGGAAAAGGGGGACCAUCAAGGGUAUUGUGAAUGAAUAGGAAUGGAACAG